AAAAAAUUGAAAAUGUGGAGACUGAUACUCUCUAAAGGUGAUGAUGAUCCAUGGCUCACAAGCUUCAACAAUCACACCGGAAGACAGUUUUGGGAAUUCGACCCGACCCCUGGGGCAGAAGAAGAGCAACUGCUCAUUGACAAGGCUCGUAGCGACUUUGUCAGAAGUCGCUACGAGGUCAGACAUAGUUCUGAUCUCCUAAUGCGCAUUCAGUUUGCAAAGAAGAACAUUUGUGAUGUGGAUCCAGCGAAAGUAGGAGGUGGAGAAGAAGUGAGUGAGGAACGAGUGGUGGUAGCGUUGCGAGGGGCGCUGAGAUUCUACGCCACUCUUCAAGCCGAGGAUGGACAUUGGCCCGGCGAUUAUGCCGGCCCUUUGUUUCUCCUCCCAUUCCUGAUUAUAUCAUUGUUUGUAAUGGGCGCUUUAAACACCAUCCUUCCGGCUGAACACCGGAAAGAGAUACGCCGGUACAUCUAUAACCAUCAGAAUAUUGAUGGAGGAUGGGGGUUGCAUAUAGAAGGGCAGAGUGGCAUGUUUUGCACUGCCCUUAACUACGUGAGCCUGCGGCUGAUGGGAGAAGGAAUGGACGAGGGAGAUGGCGCGAUGAGCAAGGCCAGGACGUGGAUUCUCGAUCAUGGUGGCGCUACUUACAUUCCCUCAUGGGGAAAGUGUUUUCUCUCUGUCCUUGGUGUGUAUGAAUGGGAUGGGAAUAACCCUAUGCCUCCGGAGCUCUGGCUUCUUCCCUAUUUCCUCCCAAUCCAUCCGGGCCGCAUGUGGUGCCACUGUCGCAUGGUUUAUCUUCCCAUGUCGUAUCUAUUCGCUAAGAGGUUCGUAGGGCCAAUCAAUGCCGUUGUUCUAUCUCUCAGGAAAGAGCUUUAUCCUCAGCCCUACCACCUCAUUCAAUGGAAUUCAGCUAGAUUCCAAUGCUGUAAGGAGGAUAUAUACUCCCCACAUCCACUCAUGCAAGACAUUCUCUGGAAAUGUCUCGACACGUUUGCAGAACCUCUUCUUACGCGAUGGCCUCUCUCCAAGAUGAGACAUAGAGCACUUCGCUAUGUUAUGGACCACAUCCAACACGAAGAUGAAACCACUAAUUAUUUAUGCAUUGGUCCUGUGAAUAAGGUGCUGAACAUGUUGUGCCGGUGGAUUGACAAUCCCAAUUCGUUGGCAGUGAAAAGGCACGUUUCGAGAGUGAAGGACUAUCUGUGGCUGGCUGAGGAUGGCAUGAAGAUGCAGGGAUACAAUGGGAGUCAGUUUUGGGAUUGUGUUUUGGCAGUCCAAGCAAUAAUCAAUACCAAUCUUUCUAGUGAAUAUGGUGUGAUGCUUCGAAGGGCUCAUGACUUCAUCAAACGAUCGCAAAUGAGAGAGGAAAGCUUGAGUUGUUGGUACCGGCAUAGGACAAAAGGCGGUUGGCCAUUUUCAACCACAGACAAUGGGUGGCCAGUCUCAGAUUGUACAGCAGAAGGGCUCAAGACAGCCCUUCUGCUGGCGCAGGUGGGUUCGGAUAUAAGUGGAGAAGCGUUAGAAGCGGAGAAGCUGUACGAGGCGGUCGACCUAGUCUUAUCCCUUCAGAAUAGCAGUGGAGGCUUUGCAUCGUACGAACUCACGAGAUCGUACCAUUGGCUAGAGAUGAUCAAUCCAGCAGAGACGUUCGGGGACAUCAUUAUCGACUACCAGUAUGUGGAAUGCACAUCAGCAGCAAUCCAAGGCCUGAAGGUGUUCAAGAAAAUGCAUCCAGGAUAUCGAGCAAAGGAGAUUGAAAGAUGCAUAGACAAAGGUGUCAAGUUUAUUGAGAGCAUACAGUUAGGUGAUGGGUCAUGGUAUGGAAGCUGGGGUGUGUGCUACACCUACGGAACAUGGUUCGGAAUAAGUGGACUGAUAGCCGGCAGCAAGACCUAUGACAACAGCCCAUCUCUCAGAAAAGCUGUUCAUUUUUUACUCUCCAAACAGCUUGCCUCUGGUGGCUGGGCUGAAUCCUAUCUCUCAAGCCAAAAUAUGGUCUACACAAACAUUGGCAACAACAAAUCCCACAUAGUUAGCACUGCAUGGGCUUUGCUAGCACUUGUUGAAGCAAGCCAAGUAACUAGGGACCCGGCUCCGCUUCAUCGUGCAGCUAAGGUGCUCCUUAAUUCGCAAAUGCCAAAUGGAGAUUUCCCGCAACAGGAAAUAAUCGGUGUGUUCAAUAAAAACUGCAUGAUAAGCUACUCAGCUUACAGAAAUAUUUUCCCAAUAUGGGCACUUGGAGUUUAUCUCAACAAAGUAUUGCGACUAUAAAUGUACAAAUUUUUACAUCCACUCUAAUAAAUUGUGAAUAUUCAUCUGCCCAUAGGCAUAAUUUCAAAUUGUGUUUUAUC